GACACAGUUGGAGGCAUGGAGAUCAUUUUUCUCUCUCAAGGCACAGUUCAGCAGGGCAGACUCUGUAGUCUUCAUGACUGCAUCAGUCCCUAAUGGCAAAAGAACCCUAGUCCAGGAGUCCUGAAGCUGCUGAUGUGGAAGGAAGUCACAUUUGGAAAGCACACAUCCAGGGGCUGUGCCGCUCAGAGGUAGGCAGUGGCUGCCUUCUGCAGUCAGCACAGAUCUGGAGCUGACUCUUGGGCUGACCUCUGUGCGUGAGGCAGAGUCACUAGUGCUGGAGUAGACCCCACACCCACUGGCUGAUUCACCAGGGACAUGUCAAUGGCAGCCUCUGUGCAAAGGCCCCCCUCCCUGCUGCCUUCUCUACUCUAUCGAGUGGUUAGGUACGAGGUUAGCCUAGUGCUGCAGGCUUGGGGUCCCCAGAUGGAAGACUCCAGGCCAGUACUAAUGCCUGGACUAUCACAUGUCAGACUGGACAUGGUGCUCAUCCUCAUACUGAUUUGCCUGCCAGGACUAUGCUGUGACCCGGGAGCAGUAUAUUACUCUUCCUAUGAAACAGUCAUUCCCAGGAGUCUGGCCGUGCAGGGCAGGCAUGAAGAUCCAGUGGAAAAGGCAUCCUAUGUGCUCUUGAUGCAGGGCCAGAAGCAACUGAUUCACCUCAAGGUGAAGAGAGAGUAUUUUGUGAAGGACUUUCCAGUCUUCAGCUACCACAAUGGCAUCCUGGGCCAAGAAAUGCCAUUCAUCUCACAUGACUGUCACUAUGAAGGCUACAUAGAAGGAGUCCCGGGCUCUUUUGUUUCUGUCAGCACCUGUUCAGGUCUCAGGGGCAUCCUGGUUAAAGAGGGAACAUCGUAUGGCAUCAAGCCCCUGGAGACUUCACAACGGUUUGAACAUGCCUUGUACACCGUGGCACGGCAGGCUCGAGCCUCCUGUGGCGUCUCUGCCAAAGGCAGCCAGGCAGUGCCCACCAGCAGGCAACAAGAGCACAGGAAGCCCAGCAGCGCAGAGGUGCUGUCCUCCCUGUGGACACGCACCAAGUACGUGGAGAUGUUUGUCGUGGUCAACCACCAGCGGUUCCGGAUGUGGGGCAGUAGCAUCAACGAGACAGUCCAGAGAGUGAUGGACGUCACUGCCCUGGCCAACAGCUUCACCAGGGGCAUCAACACAGAGGUGGUGCUGGCUGGAAUGGAGAUUUGGACCGAGGGGGACCUCAUAGAGGUUCCAGAGGACUUGGGAGUUUCGCUGAGGAAUUUCAAUAGCUGGAGACAAGAGACGCUGUCGGCUCGGGUGAAGCAUGACGUCGCCCACAUGAUUGUCGGUCAUCAUCCUGCAGGGGCCAUGGGCCAGGCGUUUCUCAGUGGCGCCUGCUCACGAGGCUUUGCGGCAGCUGUUGAAUCCUUCCAUCACGAAGACGUCCUCCUCUUUGUGGCACUCAUGGUCCACGAGCUGGGGCACAACUUGGGUAUUCAGCAUGACCACCCUGCCUGCAUUUGUAAGGAUCAACACUUCUGCCUCAUGCAGGACAGCAUCACUCCGGGAAGUGGUUUCAGCAACUGCAGCUCUGACUACUACUAUCAGUUCCUGAGGGAACACAGAGGGGCCUGCCUGUUUGACAGGCCUCAGCACAAAAGCCGCAGGCGUAGGAGUGCCGUGUGUGGAGAUGGUGUGGUGGGGGAUGAUGAGCAGUGUGACUGUGGGCCUGACUGUGGCAAUCACCCAUGCUGUGACAAAACAUGUAAGCUGAAGGAAUUUGCUCAGUGUACAUCUGGAUCUUGUUGCACUAGUAAUUGUGAGCUGGAAGCAAAGGGUGUUACCUGCCGUCCUUCUCAUGGAAUUUGUGACCUCCCAGAAUAUUGUGAUGGUGUCUCUGAUAAAUGUCCUGAAGACAGUUACAUGCUAGAUGGUAGUAAGUGUGUUGGAUCUUACUUUUGUAUCAGUGGUGUUUGUGUAGAGCCUGACAGUCAAUGCAGAAAGAUUUAUAAAUUACCUGCAACCUCAGCUCCACCAGAUUGUUACAAAGUAUUUAACUCAAAAGGAAACCGGUUUGGAAACUGUGGUCUUCCCUCUAGUCCUGGUGACUCAUAUGUUAAGUGUACAGAUGAAAACAUGAAGUGCGGGAAAGUAAUAUGUACAGGUUUUGAAUAUCUACCAGAACUGAAAGUCAAUCAAUCAUUACUUCAGGUACCUUUCCAAGGAAACUACUGCUGGAGUAUGGAUUUUUAUACCUCCACUGAUAUCCCUGAUGAUGGAGAUAUGCUUUCUGGCACUUACUGUAAUGUGGACAAAGUCUGUAUUAAUAGUUCUUGUUCUGCAAACACUUUGUUCAGUGAUGAUUGUGAGCCAUCAGUAAUGUGUAAUGGGAAAGGAGUUUGCAACAAUUUAAAGCAUUGUCAUUGUGACUAUGGCUUUGCUCCCCCUGACUGCAAACGAAAAGGAACUGGGGGUAGUAUAGACAGUGGUUCCCCCUCUGACAGACCAAAACCAGGUACAACUAAUACAACUAAUACAAAUACUCAAAAAACUAAGGAUAAAUUUUUAGACCUAGCAUCUUUAGGUAUCAUUAUCGCUUUGCUUGUCAUACUGCUUAUACUUGUAGUUAUCUGCAUUGUAUGUUCUCGUACAUCUUCAAAAAAACCUCAAAAGCCCACAAAAGCAGGAGAGACUGUCCCCAAAGAAGCUGCCCCCAAGGAGGCUGCCCCAGCGGAGGCUGCUCCAGUGGAAGCUGCCCCCAAGGAGGCUGCCCCAGCAGAGGUUGCCCCAGCAAUGGCUGCUCCAGCGGAGGCUGCCCCAGCAGAAGCUGCCCCAGCAGAGGAUGUUCCAGAGGAAGAAGAAGAGGAAGAGGAAGAGGAAGAGGAAGAAGAGGAAGAGGAAGAAUCAGAGUCAUAAAACAAAUAGUGAAAGGACAAAAGCAAAUAUAUGAAAUACUGCAAACAUUUAGGAUAAAUGAGACAUUCAAUGAAACAAAGGUUAAAGGGAAUUUGAUCAUUCUAGUGGCUCUGCUAGGACUAUACAGUAUAUAAAAAUAUUAUAAUGUGGGAGGAGGGAUUCUCCUACUUUUAUUACUCACAUUAGUAACUAAAAAAUUUAUCAAAUUUAUUAUUGUAAUACUUCCUACUUUUUCAAAUUUCAAUUAAACUUUUCAUAUGCAUUUUUUUUACAUGAAUGCUCUUAUCUCUAACCAGUUUUUCUAGUCACUAGAAACUUUUUCCAGAGUAGGCCAUCUUUCAUCCAAGUUGUUGAAUAUACAAUAAUGUAUGUAUCUGAGUUUAUUGCUAUCUCUUGGAUUUUUCAAGUAAUAACUACCUGGUACGUGAAGACAAUAUGUUUAUAGCAAUUGUUCUAAUUUCCAUUCAUGAAAUGAGAAGUUUCUAAAUCCAAAAAUAAACUAGAUACUUUCUAGAU